AACCUGCCGCGCGCUAUUACAACUGUGUCUCAGUGUAUUUUUCCCGCCGUGUUUAUUUAUUUAAAAACAUCAUUUAAGAUGCAGGCGUGGUUGGUGGUGGCUUUCGUAGCUGCGCUGUCGGUUCUCGCGAACGCGCAGAAGCCCGGUCGUUUCCUGUCGCUUCCCGUUGCGCAUAAAUGUGCUAACAGACCAAAGGAAUUCUUUUACCAAGGACAUAACUACUUCUACAGCGGUCACGUUCCCGAGCUAGCCAACCGGAAAGUAGACUGGUUGGACGGACGCAACAUUUGCCGUGAAUACUGCAUGGACCUCGUCUCUAUGGAGACCCAGGAAGAAAACAAUCUGAUCUUCAAGCUCAUCCAGCAGAACGAUGUUCCCUACAUUUGGACAUCGGGACGUCUAUGCGACUUCAAGGGAUGUGAAACGCGAAAAGACCUCGAACCCAAGAACAUUCUCGGCUGGUUCUGGUCCGCUAACCGAGAAAAGAUCUCGCCCACUAAUCAGAUACCGAACCGUUGGGGCUACAACCCUUGGUCUCAGACCGGGCACAAGAAACAGCGCCAACCUGACAACGCAGAGUACGAUAUCAACGGUACUUCGGAGUCUUGUUUGAGCGUGCUCAACAACGUUUACAACGACGGCAUCGCCUGGCACGACGUAGCCUGCUAUCACGAGAAGCCCAUCGUAUGCGAAGACUCCGAGGAAUUACUGAACUACAUCGCGAGCAAUAAUCCCGGUCUCCGUCUAUAAUUUCAAAUCCCGGAACUAAUUAGAUUUCACGAUGUUUUACAGUUACCAUAAUUUCUCAUAAAACUUAAAAGAUGUCCGGACAUGUUUCUUAUACGCCCAUACAUUGAGGGCUUACAUCAAUCAUAUUUAUUUUAAUGAAAUACAUGGUCGUCGUUCUCAAGCAACAUGAACAUUUGGAUCUCUUAAUCGCUGCCUCUAACUUGGUUACGAAACCAUUACAAAAAAACAAUGUACCUUAUUUAAGUAUUAAUAUUAAGUAUAAUUACAUAAUAAGGAGUUUAUUAUUUUAUAUUUGUAUAUAAAAUAAA